AUGAGUGAAAUUGAAGAACAAGAUUUCAUCAGUGCUCUUCCCGAUUCACUUCUAAGUGCUAUCAUUUCUCUCCUUCCUGGCACUGAAGGUGUGAGAACCUGUGUCCUUUCCCAGCACUGGAAAAUUAUGUGGAAGUACACUUCACAACUCAACUUCAAUCAGAGGCUAAUGUUGAAGCCCUUUAUCCAACCCUAUCUUUGCAGGACAAACCUUCGCAAGCGUACUUUUACCCGUAAGAUUGUUCACCAGGAUGCAAUUGCUCAAACAGAAAUUUUGAUCAAUUCAGUGUUAGAUUCGCACUUGGGUUCCUUGAAAAGAUGCACCAUUGUCCACAUGCCUGAGAGUUGUGCGAGUGGUGAAGCUGUUGCAUGGAUGAAGAAGCUUGUGGAGCAGAAAAAGGUGAAGGAGCUUUACAUGGAGAGGGAUGUCCCUACGGCUUUGCAACAUGUUCUUAGAGAUGUUACAAGGACACUGGAUUUACCUUUUGAGAUUUUCACAAGCUUUGAGGUACUUGAGUUGAAGAAUUAUAAACUUAAGAUUUCACCCUCUCGUGAUGUUUCUUGCCAGGUUUUGAAAACUUUGACCCGUAAGAAUGUGAAUGUGGAGGUAGAUGCUUGUGAAGGGAUUUUAUCUUAUUGUUCGUAUCUUGAAAAUUUAACCCUUGAUGGAUGUAGUUUUGAAGUGGUAAAGAUUCAUAGUCCAAAGCUCAAAUUUUUCAAGAUUAUUAAAAUGGUUGUGACUGAGUUUGAGGUUUAUGCUGGAAACCUUGAGGUCUUUGUUAUCAAUACUGUUGUUUGUAACCCUCGGAAGUUGGUUUUUGUGGCCCCAAAUGUUCAAACUUUAUGCUGUUUUUGUAAUAUGGAAAUUGGAAUGCGAUCUUUUUGGCCGGAUGGAGGCAAGCUCUUGACGUCAAAUGAGAUUCUAAAUACUUCCACUGACAUUCAGAGUCCUCAAGAUCCAACUACAAGCUUUGCUAGCACAUUUGAGAAUCUUGUUACUCUACGUAUUGAUUUAGAUUUGAAAACCAUUACCGAUGCCAUGACUCUCUUUUCUGCUCUUAAAUCAUGUCCUAAUAUACAGAACGUUGAAAUUAAUACCCAUGUGAGCUUACUUGAGCAACCAUAUAUUAUUCUUUUCAAUUAUAUUUUUAUAUGCUUUAGUAGUGCAUUACGUAACAGUUUCUUCUUACUAAACAGCUCAACAAUUAUCCAAGGAAUUAUUUCUUUAAUGGGAUUGUAUGAUGAACAUAGCAACGAUGAUGUUCUGUCUUGCCCCAAACGCUUAUAUUGGAGGCAAAGGGACCCCUAUGAGUGUGUGGAUCACCAACUAAAGACCCUUUGCAUAAGGGGAUUUUCCGGCAAAGAAUUGGAAGUUGAAUUUCUGAAAUAUAUAAUAACAACCGCAGAAACCUUACAGAAAAUUACUGUUUGGUUUGUAGACAAUAGUUCAUGGGCAGAAGCCACUGAAACUCUGUGUUUGCUAUCAUUUCAAAGAGCCUCUAAGAACCUGUCCAUUGUUCUCAAUCCUGGACCACUGUACAUGGAAAUUGUAGAUGGGAGCUUUGAUGAGUGGGUCUUGUCUCUAAGAAAGAAUUGA